AUGAAGGAGAUCGAGGCCAAACAUGCCGAAGAGGUGAAGGCGGUCGAGGCCAGAGUUGCCGAAGAGCUUAAGGCGGCCGAGGCUAGGGUUGCUGACCUGAGUGAGGAGCUAAGGAGAUGCCAAGAGUCUGUGGUCAAAAUUUAUGCGGUCAAGGAGAAGUUUAAGGAGGCUUCAGAGAUUAACUUCAAAGAAGCAUCUAAACUUCACGAUGACCUAGUAAUCAGCCGAAAGGAAACCGUUGAGCUGGAGGAGCGAACAAAACUGCUCGAGGAAGCCAAUGCUCGCAAUCUGGAGAAGUUCAAAGGAGUGACUUUCAAUUGCUUCUACUUGUUCUGGAAGAACAAUCCAGAGGAAAACUUUGACUAUCUCCCCGAGCAAGUAAAGAAGGUUGAGCUGGCAAAGUGUGCUGCUCGUCUAGCGGAGGAACAGAAAGCUCAGGAGUCCCUUGAAAUCUCCUUGGCGACUGACACUGAGGCUGUCAAAGAUGAUGCGAGGACCACCGUUGACCAGCAAUCUCAGCCAGAUCAUACUACUGCUCAAUAA